AUGAAGUUUCCUGCCGCGUUAACAAUCUUUGUAAUUGGAUUGCAAAUUAUUAUAUGCAAUGCUGAAUAUUUUAGUUCGACUACCGGCCUCGAACAGCUGCUGCGUACAGAGGUCAUCCUACUGGCAGAACUCCAGAAUUAUGUUAACGAAAUAACCGAGCAUGCUGAAAUGCUGCAGAGUGAAAUUAAUGCGAUUCAAGCGGAGCAUCUGAGCGCCGCUGAUAGCAUCGAGGGCUACCUCAACAAUCCGGUGAAUGCGUUUCGAUUGAUAAAGCGCCUACACAGCGACUGGGAGACCUUCGAGAGCAACGUGGAGCAAGAUGCUAGCCGCAAAAACUAUCUAGAAGCAAUGGCCAGACACAAGGAGAACUUGAGCCACCCCACGCUGGAGGAUUUUACGGGCACCGCUCUGGCAAUGACGCGACUGCAGCAAACUUAUCAGCUGGAUGUGCGUGAGCUGGCGAGCGGCAUGCUGAACGGUGUUAAAUACGGUGCGGCGAUGUCGUGGCAGGAUUGCUUUGUCCUUGGCCAGCAAUUGUACGUAAUGCAGGACUUUAACAACACGGUGCCCUGGUUGCAACAAUCGAUGCAGCUGCUGGUGCAGCAGAGUUACGGCAAGGAGUCUGCCUCACUGGACUUUAUGGAGACAGUUAUGGGCUAUCAUGAAUCGAUGGGUGACUAUCAGAAUGCCAUACAUCUGAUCAAUCAUGUGCUGGCUGUCCAGCCGGAGCAGCGACUCCAUCUGCUCGAGACGCGCGCGCAUCUCGAACAACUCAUCUCGGAUGGCGUCAAGCGCGGCCUAAUGCAUGAGGUGGCUCGCAGUCCGGAUGACUAUCACAGCAGCAAUGAGUAUCAUAUGUAUCAGCAGGUCUGCCGGGAAGAACUAAAACCAGAGCCUGCAACACAGCGCAAACUUCGCUGUCGCCUCCACAGAGGCAAUGGCCUGAGAUCCAGCUAUCAGCCGUACAGGCUGGAGGAGCUACACCUGGAUCCCUACGUAAUUCAAGUGCAUGACAUUAUCAGCGCAGAGGAAACUAUCGUGCUGCAGCAACUGGCUCGCCCUGAACUCCAGCGAUCGAUGGUUUAUAGCCUCUCUAACAGCGAGCACAUAUCUACCAACUUUCGCAUCAGUCAGGGGACCUUCUUUGAAUAUCAUGAGCAUCCAAUCAUGCAAAGGAUGAGCCAGCAUUUGGAGAAUAUAUCCGGGCUAGAUAUGCGCUCUGCGGAGCAGCUGCAAGUAGCUAACUACGGCAUUGGCGGCCACUAUGAGCCACAUAUGGACAGCUUUUCCGAGAAUCAUAACUAUGGGAUCAAUACUUAUAUGUCGACCAAUCGAGUAGCCACAGGCAUCUACUAUUUAUCGAAUGUGGAGGCGGGUGGUGGGACCGCAUUUCCUUUUCUGCCACUGCUGGUCGAGCCUGAACGGGGCAGUCUGCUCUUCUGGUACAAUCUGCAUCGAUCCGGUGAUCUGGACUAUCGCACUAAGCAUGCUGGCUGCCCAGUGCUGAUGGGCAGCAAAUGGAUUGCUAAUGUGUGGAUACGCUUGAGCAAUCAGGACCAUAUUAGACCCUGUGAUCUACAACGUGAUCACGAGAUCUCUUUGCCAUACAAAGACUUCAAGUAACAAGUAUUACCUCAGCAAUCAACUUUAGUAUACUGCCAUUUGUGAUAAAUAUCAAUUAAUAAUUUGAA